UUUGAUAUUCUUUUUUUUUCCCUUCUGUUCCUGAUUUUCGCAUCCUCGCACCACUUGCCGUUGUAUAGUAAAGAAGGGUUCCUUAUCGAUAUCCCCCAGUCUAUACCCGUUUAGACCACCCCUCCUCGCGGCUCCUGACCAAUCAUAGCCCCCCGCCAGCCUCCUAGCGCCGCCGAAACGCCCAAGGGUCGAAAAAAUAUCAACGACGACCAUGUCCAACAGCAAAUCCCUUCCAUCACCACCACAAACUCCUCCACCGCCGUUGCUGCUGACCAACUCCUCCGCUCCCCUUGCUCGACUCUUGGACGACGACGUCGACGAUUACUGUUGUUUCCGUCUCCUCGGGCCUCCCACCAUGCGCGGCGCCAUUGUCUUCAGCGGCUCGUCCCACCCGACGCUCGUCGAUGGCAUCUGCGACCGUCUGGGCAUGAAGAGGGGCAUUGCGUCGCUGAGCAACUUUGCCAAUGGCGAGACUCAGGUGCAGAUUCACACUUCGGUUAGGGACAAGGAUGUAUUCAUUGUGCAGAGUGGGAGUUCCAAAAUCAACGACGCCCUCAUGGAGCUGUUGAUCAUGGUGUCUGCGUGCAAAGGUGGCUCCUCUAGAUCCAUCACAGCCGUCAUGCCCUACUUCCCCUACUCGCGCCAAUCUAAGAAGAAGUCGCACCGAGGCUCCAUCACCGCGCGCAUGGUCGCCAACCUUCUCAACAUCGCUGGCGUAAAUCACGUCAUUACCAUCGAUCUUCACGCUUCUCAGAUGCAAGGCUUUUUCAAGUGCCCGGUCGACAACCUCAUCGCCGAGCCUCUCCUCGCCCGUUGGAUCCGACACAAUGUGCAGAAUUGGAAGGAAGCUGUUGUGGUCAGCAAAAACCCGGGCGGUACUAAACGUGUCACUUCGCUAGCCGAUGCACUCAAGCUGAGCUUCGGUAUCGUGACUACGGAUCGGAGACGGGCUGCCACAUCCUCGUACUGGAAUGAGAGCGCCAUGUUCGAAUCACUGAGACUCGAUAGCUCGUAUUCGGAUUCGUCUGGUAUCGUGGAGGCUGCCAUGGAUCCGGAAGCAACCAUCACACCCGCUACGAACAUCACUCCUACUGCUAAAUCCGACCAGGGCAAGCCGAAACUCCGAACUCGGACCAUUUCGAAUCCACACCAGCGACGUCUCAAUGGUGGUUUGGAGGUAACGAGCAGCCCGCUUCAGAAGUCGAUGCGAGCUGAAUCCAUUGUCGAGUCUGAGGCUUCAGCGGAUACUAUCCGGGCUGAAACUGCUGCCAGCAAUGGUCAGUCCGAGGAGUCUAACAAUGAAGAGGGUGCUGAUGAAUAUACCGACGAGCGAGCAAGAGACGUGAUCCACGGCCGCCUUAUCCAGGGACACAUCGUUGACGACGACCACCCAUCUCCCUCCAUGUCCGCCGUUUCGCAUACGACCUGGCGCGGUCGCGCUCCUUCAGACGGUGAUGCGGACGUUCCCGAAAACAUGAUGUCUUCGUUCGUAUCCACAGCGUCUUCUAUGAAGAACAGCAGUCACACGGAGCAUGCGCAUGCUCUAGGCGGCACCUACGAUGCGGCGGCUUCCUCUGAAGACGAAGAGGACCACCUCGUGAACCCCGAAGUGGAGACUAUGGUGACACUGGUUGGCAACGUCAAGAAGCGUCCCGUUCUACUUGUCGACGACAUGAUUGACAAGUCUGCAUCUUGGAUCGCCGCUGCUGAGACGGUCGUUAAGCGUGGUGGUGCUACAAAGGUAUACUGCAUGGCUACGCACGGUUUAUUCGGUGGUGAUUGUCUUCAAGAGAUGGUCGACUGCGACUGCAUCACCAAGAUUAUUGUCACCAACGCCUUCCCCAUCCCUGAGGAAAAGCUCGACAAGGUUGGCGACAAACUGGUCGUGCUAUCCGUGGACAAUCUUCUCGCUGAGGCCAUUCGCCGCAAUCACCAUGGCGAGAGCAUCUCGCAGCUUUUUAUGCAUUACGAUUGA